AUGUCUUAUUACGAAUCGCAGGGCUGGCAGGCACCUGCCCGUCAGACAUCGUGGGAACAACCACCACCACCUUCUCGGUCAGGCGCUAGCUCGACCUCUCAAUCGCGCGAUGACGGGUCUGCGUUCACUUCACAAUUUGAAGAGGUGGAUCGUGCCGUAGAUAAUCUUGUAAAGAGCGGCAAGCUCUUCGCUGGUGCACCACGCAGAGACGCAUUACCUCCAAUGACUGGUGGUCGUCCCUAUGCCGAUCAUGGCGUGCAUGGCAACAUGUCUCAGCGACACGCUAUGGAUUUCGACCCUUCUCGCUCGCACUCCGCCUCGAACUUGCAGAACUUCUAUGCUUCCCAGCGCUAUCAAGGUCGCCAAAGCGAGGCGGAACAGGUCAUGCAAGCAAAACGUCGGAUGGCUGCACAACGCGAACGUGAGCUGCGGAACUAUCAUCAGGAACAACAAUACAACAGAAGUGUCCUUGCAGAGAUGUCUUCUAACAAGUCCGACCGCUCAAUGAGCCCAAGCGCCAUGAGCGAAGAGGGUCGCCGGGAAUUACUGGCCCGACAGCAUCGAGCUUUGUAUGGGAAUGAUGCAAAUAACUUCCUUCCCCAGGGCGGCUUUGGCGAAGAAGGUAAUGCAGGCCGAGACUCGAGCUCUAACAUUCCCACAACCACUGUUGGUGGCAUGCGGGGCAACUCUCCAAGAACAGCUGAUCCUUUCGGUAUGGGACAAGUCACCAGUCAGCAGGCAUCCAUUGACAAGGCGAACCCAGCAAACUCUAUCUCACACCCAGAUGUUGGUCGUGCAGAGACUGCGACGUCGCCUACCACUGGAACUGCUCCUGCUCAGUUUGGAAAUAUUGAUACCUCCGUUCAACAAUCGAAUAAUACUUCAACGUCUCCAGCUGGCGGUGAGUCACCAAGUCGAGGUGUCAGCAAGUCUACCACGGCACCUAUUGGAAGUGGAAUGGGGGCUAUCGGAACACGUUUAUCCCAACAGCAGCCUCCGCCGAGUCAGUCAAUUAACAAGCGGUCGACAACUCCCUUGACCUCCCCUAUGAACAAUUUCGGUUUCGGGUCCUCUGAGCCAGCAAGUAACAACAACACCAAUGAAAGAUCUGGGUCCUCGAACUCUAAUCCGGCAGCUGCUCAGAAGGAGGCAAGCUCUGGUAUGGGUGCUUGGGGAACAGGAAGUGGUGUCUGGGGAUCGAACAAAAUCGGCACGACAUCUGUGUGGGGAUGA